AUGGAUGGAGUAAUCGCGACUUACUCGGUUGAUAAUGAAGUUAACGCUGAAGAUUUCAUUAAGGAUGUUACUUAUACUGUUUUGUUUAAUGAGACGAAGUGUCUUUGUAGGUUGUUUGAGAUGCGAGGGAUAAUAUGUAGACAUAUUCUUUCCAUCUUUUCAGCUAGGAAAGUUCAUGAGUUGCCGGAAAAGUACAUAUUAGACCGUUAUAGAAAUGACAUUAAACGUAAGUAUACUCUCAUUCCGAGCAAUUAUGACGUUAUUGAUCUGAGGCCAGAAACUGUUAGGUAUAAAUGUCUAUUAAAGAUUUUUUAUGAGGUAAUAACAAAUACUUGCACUCAAGAUGGGCAUACUGAGGAUAUGGUAUCAAAGUUGUAUGCGAUGAAUGAAGUAUACUGCACCUCGAAGCCCCACAACAUAGAUUUCAAUGUUGGAGUAAGUACUGUGAAUGUAGCCACGAAAGGAAGUUCGAAAAAGAGACGUAGAUUGGACAGCGAAUUAUUGGAAAGCACUGGAAAUCAACUUGAUGGAAAUCAAGAAAAUGUACAAACUCCUGUAAUGGUGGAUCAAGAAAGUGCACAACAAGAAGUGAUGGGGACACAAGAAAGUAUACAACUAAGGAUAGAUGGGACACAACCAGAGACGACAGAUGGAAUGCAGCCAAAUAACAUAUUGUAG